AUGUCGGAUAACGGUUAUAGUGUUGUAUAUCAUUGUGAGCAGACGAAUCCCAUCAUCGCAUCCACAUUUACGACGAGUCAUCGACGCCAUGAACUUACAGCGAAAGACAACCCCUUUGGCGCCAAAAGAGCAGCAAAAGCGGAAGAUGCCAACGCUCAGGCUUCACCUCAAUUACUUUCUGACAAGGAACAACAAUUGGCAGAAAACCGAAAAUUUAGAGCUGUUUGGGAUGGCGCGUUCGAUUCCGGUCCUGUUCUCAGUUUGAUGGAACAGUUGCAAGAAAGCAGUCGUAGAGUUCAACAUCAACUGAAGCUCGAUAUGGCAGCAUACAUGCGACAGUCGGAGCAGGUGCUCCGGUUCCGAAAAUGA